GAGGGGUCCCGGCAGCUUCUAGUAGGUUCCAGAAGGCGGCGCGUGCAGUUGGGAACGCGGAGCGGACGAAUUCGAUUCAACGGGGUUCCGGGCCAAGCUAUGGAGCAGGUGAAUGAGCUAAAGGAGAAGGGCAAUAAGGCCCUGAGUGCUGGGAACAUUGAUGAUGCCUUACAGUGCUACUCUGAGGCAAUUAAGCUAGAUCCCCAGAACCAUGUGCUCUAUAGCAAUCGCUCUGCAGCCUAUGCCAAGAAAGGAGACUACCAGAAGGCCUAUGAGGAUGGCUGCAAGACUGUUGACCUGAAGCCUGACUGGGGCAAGGGUUAUUCAAGAAAAGCAGCAGCCCUUGAGUUCCUAAACCGGUUCGAAGAAGCCAAGCGAACCUAUGAAGAGGGUUUAAAACAUGAAGCCAAUAACCUCCAGCUCAAGGAGGGCUUGCAGAACAUGGAGGCCAGGUUGGCAGAGAGGAAAUACAUGAAUCCUUUCAACUUGCCUAAUCUGUACCAGAAGUUGGAGAGCGAUCCCAGGACAAGGACACUGCUCAGUGACCCUACCUACCGGGAACUCAUAGAACAGCUACGGAGCAAGCCUUCAGACCUGGGCACGAAAAUACAGGAUCCCCGGGUCAUGACUACUCUCAGUGUCCUCCUCGGGGUUGAUCUGGGCAGUAUGGAUGAAGAGGAAGAGGCAGCAACACCCCCACCUCCACCUCCUCCCAAAAAGGAGGCCAAGCCAGAACCAAUGGAAGAAGAUCUUCCAGAGAAUAAGAAACAGGCACUGAAAGAAAAAGAAAUGGGAAAUGAAGCCUACAAGAAGAAAGAUUUUGACAUGGCCUUGAAGCAUUAUGACAGGGCCAAGGAGCUGGACCCCACCAAUAUGACUUACAUAACUAAUCAAGCAGCUGUGCACUUUGAGAAAGGUGACUAUAACAAAUGCCGGGAGCUGUGUGAGAAGGCAAUUGAAGUGGGCAGAGAGAACCGAGAGGAUUACCGACAGAUUGCCAAAGCUUAUGCCCGGAUUGGCAAUUCCUAUUUCAAAGAAGAAAAGUACAAGGAUGCCAUCCAUUUCUACAAUAAAUCUCUGGCAGAGCACCGAACCCCAGAUGUUCUCAAGAAGUGCCAGCAGGCAGAGAAAAUCCUGAAGGAGCAAGAGCGACUGGCGUACAUCAACCCUGACUUGGCUUUGGAGGAGAAGAACAAGGGCAAUGAAUGCUUCCAGAAAGGAGACUACCCCCAGGCCAUGAAGCACUAUACAGAAGCCAUUAAACGGAACCCAAAAGAUGCCAAACUAUACAGUAACCGAGCUGCCUGCUAUACCAAGCUCCUGGAGUUUCAGCUGGCACUCAAGGACUGUGAGGAGUGCAUCCAGCUGGAGCCAACCUUUAUCAAGGGUUACACACGGAAAGCAGCUGCCCUGGAAGCCAUGAAGGACUAUACAAAAGCUAUGGAUGUGUACCAGAAGGCGCUAGACCUGGACUCCAGCUGUAAGGAGGCAGCAGAUGGUUACCAGCGCUGUAUGAUGGCGCAGUACAACAGACAUGACAGCCCUGAGGAUGUGAAGCGACGGGCCAUGGCUGACCCUGAGGUGCAGCAGAUUAUGAGUGACCCAGCCAUGAGGCUCAUCCUGGAGCAGAUGCAGAAGGACCCCCAGGCUCUGAGCGAACACUUAAAGAACCCUGUAAUAGCACAGAAGAUCCAGAAGCUGAUGGAUGUGGGUCUGAUCGCAAUUCGAUGAUAACUUGCUUUUCCCCUCUUGCCUUCGCCAAUGUGGAAAGCGAGCUGGGUUGGUGGCGAGCAGCACUGGGCAGGGGCGGGGGAAGAAAGGCUUAUCUUUAUAUUUAUACAUGCCUGCAAGGAAGACAGACUCAUCCAGCGCCACCUUGGACCCUCUCAGCACACGCAUGGUCUCUUCACUGCUGCCCUCGAGUGUCCUUCCCUGCCCUCCCCAAACCCCCGUCACUGUCUCGGCUGCUCCCCUAUAGUUGGUUAUUUUUUAUUUGGGGCAGUGGGUGCAUACGGGGAGGGGAGGGUAUUCUUCCCUACCUGGGGUCCCAGCUGUCUUCACUUGUUACCCCACGUCCUUCAAUAAAACAAGCCAGUCAGGCGUGAUUAUA